GCGGCGCCGGGCGGGCACGUGACGCGGCUCACGGGAAGGCUGGCGGAAGCGGCCGUUGGUGGCGGCGGUUGGUGCGGCCGUUGGGCGCCAUGGCGUCCAUCCUGGACGAGUACGAGGACUCCCUGCACCGCUCCGCCGCCGUGCAGCAGAGCCGCGCCGCCGUGGGCAUCCCGCACUCCGGGUAUGUGAAUGCACGGCUGGAGAAGGAAACACCAAUAUUUAACAAGCAAAGAAUUGAUUUUGCUCCUCCAGAGAAAAUUAACAGCUUAGUGGUCUCCUCUAACCAGCUCUGUAUGAGCCUUGGCAAAGACACCCUUCUCAGGAUUGAUCUUGGGAAGCCAGAUGAACCUAAUCAGGUAGAGUUGGGACGCAAAGAUGAAGCCAGAGUCUACAAGAUGUUUUUGGACCACACAGGCUCUCAUCUCCUGAUUGCUCUGAACACCAGUGAAUGCCUUUACCUGAACAGAAGUGUUCAGAAAGCGCGGACACUCUCCCGCUGGAGAGGCCACUUGAUUGAAAGCGUGGGCUGGAACAAAUUUCUUGGUACAGAGACCAACACUGGGCCUAUCCUGGUGGGAACAGCCCAGGGGCAAAUCUACGAAGCCGAAAUAUCUGUCAGCGAGGGAAGUCUCUUCAGCACUAAUCCUGACCAGUACUUCCGACAGGUCUACACUCUGGAGGAGGAAUCGGGACCCGCACCAGUCUGCUGUUUGGAGAUUGAACGAGGAAUAGAAGGGAAAUUUUUUAUUAUCGCCACCACUCGAAAGAGACUCUUCCAGUUUGUUGGCAAAGUGCCUGAAGGGACAGAGCAGCAAGGCUUCAGCUCCAUAUUUGCUAUGCAUGCUGACCAUUUGCCCAGCUUCCGGGAGUUUCCAGCCAGCUUCGGUUUCAGCGAGAUAGCCUUUUACACUCCAAAACUGCGUUCCAACCCACGCUCCUUUGCGUGGAUGAUGGGAAAUGGUGUUUUGUAUGGUAAUUUGGAUUAUAGCCGUCCUGAUUCAAUUCUGAGUGAUGAACGGGUCUGGGUUUAUCCUUCUGAUAUUGACAUAACUGUGAACAAGCCAAUAUCCAUUGUACUUACCCAGUUUCACUUUCUGUUGCUGCUGCCUGACCGGGUGAAGGCUGUAUGCACUCUGAAUGAGCAGGUUGUUUUUCAAGACCUGUUCCUGGAGAAGUUUGGCACAUUGACACGCAUGAUCAAGGAUCCCACAGUCCAGCAGAUAUGGAUUCACACGGAGAAAGUAGUGUUCCGCUAUCACGUCCAGCGGGAAUCUAGAGAUGUGUGGAAGAUGUAUAUGAAUAUGAACAAAUUUGAUUUAGCUAAAGAAUAUUGUAAAGACCGUCCGGAGUGCCUAGACAUUGUGUUGGCAAAAGAGGCAGAGCACUGCUUCCAAAACAAGAGAUAUCUAGACAGUGCCAAAUGUUACGCGCUGACCCAGAACUACUUUGAGGAAAUUGCCCUUAAGUUCAUUGAAGCCAAGCAAGAAGAGGCCCUGAUGGAGUUUCUGAUUAAGAAGCUAAGUAGCUUGAAGCCUUCUGAGAAGACACAGACCACUCUUCUGACCACAUGGUUAACAGAGCUGUACCUGAACUGGCUGGGUAUUUUGGAAGGAGAUCCCUCACAGCGAAAUCUCUAUUUGGAUACGCGGGAGAAGUUUCGCACCUUCUUGAGCAGCCCUAAAAACAAAGACUGUCUGUUUAAUAAUCGGGCGUCUAUUUAUGAACUGUUGGCGAGCCAUGGGGACACGGAGCACAUGGUCUACUUUGCAGUCAUCAUGCAGGACUAUGAGCGAGUAGUAGCUCACCACUGCCAGCAUGAUGAGUAUGAUGAAGCUCUAAACGUGCUGUCUAGGCACAGAGAUGAGAAGCUGUUCUACAAGUUCUCCCCAGUCCUCAUCCAGCAUAUUCCCAAGAAGGUAGUUGAUGCUUGGAUUUCUAUGGGCUCCAGGCUUGAUGCCAGGAACCUCAUUCCAGCCCUUGUUAACUAUAGCCAGAGUGCCAGCACCCAGCAGAUCAAUGAAGCCAUUAGAUACAUGGAGUUCUGUGUCUAUCAGUUGGAGGAAACCCAGCAAGCUAUUCACAACUACUUGUUGUCUCUCUAUGCUUUGUGUCGGCCAGAUUCACUGCUAUCAUACCUGGAGCAAGCAGGAACCAACCCAAACAGGAUCCACUACGACCUGAAGUACGCGCUGCGCCUGUGUGCAGAGCAUGGGCACCACCAUGCGUGUGUCCAUAUUUACAAAGUGAUGGAAUUAUAUGAAGAAGCUGUGGAUCUUGCAUUACAGGUGGAUGUUGAUCUCGCCAAGUCCUGUGCAGAUCUCCCUGAAGAUGAUGAGGAACUCCGGAAGAAGCUCUGGUUGAAGAUUGCUCGCCAUGUUGUUCAAGAAGAGAAGGAUGUCAAGAAGGCAAUGGCUUGCCUCUCCAGCUGCGCCCUGCUGAAGAUUGAAGAUGUCCUGCCAUUCUUUCCAGACUUCGUCACUAUUGACCAUUUCAAGGAAGCAAUCUGUAACUCUCUGGAGGACUACAACAAGCACAUUGAGGAGUUGAAAAGGGAGAUGGAGGAAGCCACGCAGAGUGCCAAGAGAAUUCGAGAGGACAUCCAGGAAAUGAGAAAUAAGUACGGCUCUGUUGAGCCUCAGGAAAAAUGUGCUGCUUGUGACUUUCCACUUUUAAACCGCCCAUUUUACCUUUUCCUUUGUGGUCACAUGUUUCAUUAUGACUGUCUCCUUCAAGCAGUUUUUCCAAACCUUCCUGCCUAUAAGCAGGCAAAGCUUGAAGACCUUCAAAAGAAGCUGGCAGCUACCAGUCAGCCUUCCAAGGGCCACCAUCGUUCCAAGGAUGCAGAUACUGCUAGCUUGGGAAAGGGGCAGCAGAGCCGGGAACAAAUCAAAGCUGACAUUGAUGAUAUUGUGGCAGCUGAAUGUGUGUACUGUGGAGAACUGAUGAUCCGGUCCAUUGACAAGCCCUUUAUUGAUCCCCAAAAGUAUGAAGAGGAGAUGCAAAGCUGGCUGUAGUUCUCCUCCAAAACUGCAACUGUCAGUACACUAGAGUGGUUGUGUUCACAACUUGGGACUCUUCUGUGGUGGAAAUAUAACCUCCAGAAGUGGGAACACGGUGGCUUCUGUGGAACUCUAAGGAAAGAGUAGUGGGGUCUUGUUACUGGAAUUACAGUGAUCUAGUCUUGAAAAAUGAGGAGAUGUAGUGAUGGCUAAGAGCUUGAAAAAUAAUUAAAGCUAAUCUACUG